AUGGCGAAGGCUGUUCCGGAGACAAAUAACACGUACUUUUUCAUCUGCACGACAAGGACGAAGUGGCUUGCCAACAAGCACGUGGUGUUCGGACAGGUGGUGGAGGAGUACGACAUAUUGAAGGCGGUGGAGAAUGUCGGGUCGGGGAGCCACCAGACCUCGAGACGGGUGGAGCACAUCAGUCCUCGUCAAACUCUUCGCCGGCUAAUCGAGCAACAACAAAUCGAGUCUUGCGUGAGGAGUCCGGGGGUCGUUGCCGAUCAGAGGAGCAGCAGCGGUGCAAGCAAGUUCAGCGGCACCACGUCAGGCCUUCUUUCAGGCCCCAACAGUAGCAGCACACCCCGCCGGCUUCUUUUCUCGGGCAGCAGCGGUCUUAAAGCAAAAAGAAACAGUGGUCCAUCCCUUAGAAAUCUUGCAAGUACUUUGAACCCAACUUUGUUUCCACCACUGUCAAAUCAUGAAGAUGAAAGUAUGACACCUUUGAUGGCCACAAUGCAAAGAUCAACUCCUAGACCAUCCAUGUAUGAGCAGUUAGUCAGGGGAAACCCAAUGCAGCUUACAAGAGCCACAAAUGGAGUUCAAAUCAGAGGGCCUCCUACAUUUACUGGAGAGAGACCUGUUUUUUCUGUGGGAAGCAGCAUUACAUUAGCUCAUGAAAAGGUUGUAGUUAAUAAGGGGAAGAAGUACUUGGCAAAGCUGCAGCUAAAACUUUCCUAA